GUUGGUAUUGCUGGUUGUAUAAAUUCAGUUUUAAACCUAUAGACUAGGGUUUUAAAAGGCUUUCUGACAUGUUUGUUGUUUUGUGCCUAAUGGUGUUUCGUAAAUAAUAGUUUAGUUAAUCAGUUUUAUGUUAAAAAUGGUUUAAUUUUCGAUAAUUGAUUAACAAUGGAUGAAGCUGCAGCUCUACCUCAUGGGCCCCCAUUAAAUAUCCUGCCACCAACUCCUGCAGGAUUGGAAUCUUUAUAUUCACUAUGCAGGAAAAUUUAUCCUGGACAAGUUAACCCUCUGCAAGUUACAGCCCUUUUAAAGUACUGGUUGGGAGGACCAGAUCCACUGGACUAUAUUUCAAUGUAUGCAAAUCCAGGAAACCCUCAAGAAAAUAUUCCACCACAUUGGCACUACAUAAGUUUCGGUCUCUCCGAUCUUCAUGGUGACGGUAGGGUACAUGAACCGUCCACCCCCAAUGGCGUUUCCGGUUUCGGAUUCGAACUAACGUUUCGGUUGAGACGCGAACCGGAAGAAACGGCACCACCCACCUGGCCUGCCACAUUAAUGCAGUCGCUGGCCAAAUACGUCUUUCAGUCUGGAAAUACACUUUGUUCCGGCGAUCACGUGUCUUGGCACUGCGCACUAGACAAUAGCGAGUCGCGCAUACAGCACAUGCUGAUGACCAGCGACCUGCAACUGCAAUCGGCACACACUCCCUUCGGUUCGGUCGAUUUCGUUCAGAUCGUAGGCAUUUGCGUCGAAGAACUGAAAGCUGCGCAACAAUGGAACGGAGCCGGGGUUUUGGACAUAAUCAGCAGAAUACCUGCGGCUGGGGGACCUGGACACAUAACCGACAUGCGUCGUGGCGAAAGUAUAUUCGAACUGAACCCGAGCGCUCACGAAGUGGUGGAAAGAGGUUUCGAAUCGGAAGGUUCGAAUUUAAGCGGCGUAAGCGCGAGAUGUUCUUGGGAAGAAACUGAAUCCGGACAUAUGUCGGAGAAAAACGACUUUGACCGAUUGACCGACGAUGACCGAUUGCAUCUCAAAUCGCCCUUACAAGAAUCAACUGAAUUAUUAAAUAUUAAGAAAAUUGAAGGAGUUCAUCUUGUAUUUAAUUUGGAGGCAGGUAGUCUUUUACCUCUAGCAAUAAGAGGCAGAGUAAAACAUGGCAGGCACUUUACCUUUAAAUCCGUCCUGGGAGAGACAGCCAUAACGUUGGUAGCAAAUUCUGUGACUGGUACUUUGGUGGACCCUGACCACCCUUUUGUUUCUAAAGGUUCUUGGUUACAAGUGCUAAUACCGGAUGACCUUGCUCAAGAUAUGGCGGCCACUUUUCAGGUACUAGCCAAUCCAGAAGCUCUGUCUUUACCAAAACAGUUUGCAUGGCCUGAUAGAAAGUUGUCAAUCACAAUACUCGCGGAUAAAAUGUAACAUUAAGUAAGUUUUUAAUUUAUUAAAAUCGACAAUCAUUGAUGACAAGUUUUUGUAUUUAAAUAGGUGCUAAAAUUUAAAAUAUGUUAAAUAUGGCAAUAAAAUAGGUAUUUAAAAUAUUUAAAGCUGACUGAUUUUCUAAAUUUAUUAUUUAUAUAUAUAUUUAUUAAGAAUAUUGUUCCUCUUAUUGUAUGUAGAUAUAUUAUUUUAAAUAUAUUUUUAAUGUAUC